UUCGCGAUAAACAUAUAUCCUGUCCAAACCAGUCUUUCUCCACUCCACUUUGCCCUACUCCCCCGUUUCCCCCUUCCCAGCUGAGCCUGUGCUAUCAGUCAAAGCUCUCUCUCUUUCUCUCAGGUGCUUUAUUUCCUAUGGCGUUUGCAAAUUUUCAUGGACUUAGAGCUCUGCAAAUUUCUUCACGAGAAAGCAUUUUCAACCAUGGAAGCUGCCACACACGAACUGAUACAUCCAACAGUAGAUGUUUUGCUGUCAAGGCUUGCAGUAAGAAACCUGAUCAAAACAUUCAUCUUGAAUCUAAGCAAUUUCAGUUAAAUUCGGUGUUGGACAGUGUGAAAUGGGAUGAGAAGGGUUUGGCUGUGGCUAUAGCUCAAAAUGUUGAUUCAGGGGCAAUUUUAAUGCAAGGAUUUGCCAAUAGGGAAGCACUUGCUACCACAAUUGCUUCCAAAAAAGCAACUUUUUAUAGCAGAUCAAGAUCAUCUUUGUGGAUAAAAGGGGAAACUUCUCUUAACUUCAUCAAUGUUCAUGAUAUCUUUCUUGAUUGUGAUCGUGAUUCUAUUAUAUAUCUUGGAAAACCUGAUGGGCCCACUUGUCACACUGGAGCUGAAACUUGCUAUUACACAUCCGUUUUUGAUGCCUUAGAUCAUCAACCACAGGUUGAAGAAAAUAAUAAACUGGCAUUAACAACAUUGUACUCAUUGGAAUCCACACUUUCUAGAAGAAAGGAAGAACUUUCAUCUCCUCAACAAGGCAAACCAUCUUGGACAAAACGUUUGUUGCUUGAUGACAAACUAUUAUGCAAAAAGAUCCGGGAAGAAGCAGAUGAGCUUUGCAGAACACUAGAGGAAAACGAGGAUGAAUCACGAAGUGUGUCAGAGAUGGCAGAUGUGUUGUAUCAUGAAAUGGUGUUGUUGAUUCGCAGAGGAUUAAAAUUUGAAGAUGUUCUUGAGGUUCUUAGAUGCAGAUUUACUCAAUCGGGAAUUGAAGAAAAAAAUAACCGAAAACCAAAAAUCAUCAACUGAUCUUAUGAUCUGAUUCGUAUUAAUUUGCUGCAUUUUGUAGCUUAAAUGUAUUGACAUUUUUUUUUUUAAAAAAAAAAAUCUUAAGAUUGUUAUAAGAUUUGGAGUUGAGUUGAUCAAACUUGUGUUAGAUUUGAUGUUUUUCUUGUUUUUGUGAAAAGACUUUUAUUAUGAUUAA